UCAGCUUUCUGUGCCUUUUUGCUCCUCAGUUUGUUUAGUUUUUAUCCUCUGUCAGUCCAAGUUGUUAUACAAAAUUAUUAAAUUCAGUGACUAGUUUUUCUAGCCUAACAAAGAAAUUUUGUUUUAAAAGGGACGGUGUGCAGCUGAAACAUUUGUCACCAUUUGAUGCACUGCUCCAGAUUAUAGCAUAAACUAAAUUUGCAUCUAUACAAUUUUUUUACAGGUUGCAGAACAGGUAUAUAAAUAAAAAAAAGCAGUCAAAGACAAUGGCAUGCUGUCUUAUUGAACACAGAAAAAAAUUUUUAAUUAGCACACAUUCAGGCUUGUAGUCAAUAAUUACAAAUAAGAGCAUUUGUUUUGUAUUUAAAAAUAAUCUCAGAGGGUAUAUAUUUGGAGGGAUUAUAUUCUCUUUGUUGUUAUCUUUCUAUGUGUGGAUUGUUUGGGUUGGUCCCAACAAAUUGCAUCAAUAUGAUGUCAACAAAGUCGGUUAGAAAUAUAUUUCUUGAGAAAAAUACCAGAUAAUUACCUGAAUUAUUUUUGGAAAUUUUCUCAAAAGUUCAGAGUGUGAGUAGCGCAGAAGUUGAUGACAAUUUUCCUAGAGCGAGACAAUCAUGUUUGCAGUAGGCUAACCUGUUGUCAGGUGCAGAAUAUAUGCAAACUGAAGUGCACUGAAGCCCUGACCAGGAACCGGUAGAGUCUGUCUCUUCUUCUCUCUUGAAUCAGAAGACCAGGAGUCCAUAACGAGAGCCUACGGUAGAGUUAAAGUAAGAAAAGUUUGCGAUUUUCUGUGCAGGACCAAUAAUGGGUUGUCAUUUUCAUGGUGCUUGUGGUAACCAUCACUUUUCUGCCCACCCAGAAGUAUUUUUCACCUCAGGAUCCCAUUUUAACCGGCAGCAGCAACAGCAGCAGCAGCACAGCCAUGCUACCUCUUGCCGGCACUUCCAGUUAGGUCCUCAGGCUCCGCUGCCCAUGGACUUCCCAAUGCCCCAUCCAGGGCAGCCGCAGUCAGGCAUAAACCCCCACUUGGCCCCUCCUGGCCACCAGCACGGUCCUCCGCUCCACCCACCUCUGAACCCACUGCCCGCUCCUCAGUUCCAGGACAUCCCCGGCCCUCCAUUCCUACCUCAGGCAUUACACCAGCAAUACCUCCUCCAGCAGCAGAUCCUCGAGGCUCAGCACCGACACAUUCUGCCGCCCUCCAGUAGACGCACCCCAGAGAGAGUUCCACACCAGCCGCAUAGACUGAGACCAGGCUAUGAGUUUGGCCCACCACUCCAUGUCCCUCCUCAGCCUGUGGUGCAGCAGCCUCGCUACCUGGCUGAGGGAACAGACUGGGAUCUCAGCGUGGAUGCUGGGCUGCCCCCUCACCAGUACCACAUCCACCCGCUGCCGCAGCACUAUCAGCACUACUUGACCUCCCCCAGGAUGCACCACUUCCCCAGAAACAAUGCCUCAACACAAGUGGUCGUCCAUGAGAUCAGAAAUUACCCGUAUCCCCAGUUGCACUUGCUUGCUCUGCAGAGUCUCAAUCCAUCCCGACACGCCUCUGCCGUCAGAGAGAGCUAUGAGGAGCUUUUGCAGCUGGAGGACAGACUGGGCAGCGUGAACCGCGGAGCCGUCCAAACAACCAUCGAGAGAUUCACUUUCCCCCACAAGUACAAAAAGAGAAUACCGCAGGACCUGAAAAUGUGUCUGGAUGACGAGGAGCUGGACACGGAUGAAAAGUGCACCAUUUGUCUGUCGAUGCUGGAAGACGGAGAGGAUGUAAGGAGAUUACCCUGCAUGCACCUUUUUCACCAGGCCUGCGUGGAUCAGUGGCUGGCCACCAGCAGGAAAUGCCCCAUCUGCAGAGUGGACAUCGAAACUCAGCUGAACCCUGAUAGUUGAUGGCUCCUGUUUACCCCUGCAGCUUUAGAUGUGGUCUUGUUAUUUCUCCAUCGUCUCCCCUAAUCCCUGGGGAGGUCCUGCCAAACACCCCUCUUCCCUUCUGCAUCACUCAAAGAGCCUGCCUUCUGAGACAGCCGUGACAGAGGGAUCAACAAAGCACACUCAACCUACAACACAACAAAAGAAGAAAGACGGGCGGCUGACGCACAGACAGGUGGCUGGACUGAACUGAAGGUCAGUUCAAGGGACUUUGCUGGAUGUGAGGGGUAGAAGAAGAGACACGUAUGGACGGAUGUGCUGAGGCUUCACACGACUCUGGCAGAUCGUGUACACCCACGUACAUUUCUCCAUACACCUGCCAAGAGAGAGGACGCUCUUGACUGCCAACGUCCUGAGCUCAGUGUGGUGUUUCAGGGCUUUUUCUCUGCCAGUGAAUCCAAGCCCUCUCUGCCCUCUCCCUUCUAGGCCUGUGAAAAAUCCUUUAAGCUGCACUCUGCCCAAGCCCUGACUCAGCACAUCUGUAUAGAACAUUGUCAAAUGAUUAGCAUGAGGUUGUUUGGUGUGAACCCUUGUAGCUGAACGCUUGUGGUGUAAUGGAGUAUAGUACUGAAUAAGUAUUUACAGAGUAACAGUGUUGUGUAGCAAGCAAAAAAGCCUUUUGGAGAAAUAUGUUUGUUGAAGAUAAUCCUACACAGAGGAAGAAUAUGGCUGUAUAGCUAUAUGUAUGGCUCUACUGAGUAUUCAGCAAUGGGAGAAAGAGCUAAGUAAAAAAAACACAAAAAAAAAACAAAAAAAGGCCAAAAAUCCCUCUUUCGUGUCUCACAUGGUUUUGGAUUUACAGUUAGUAGACGCCAUCAGAGGUGAUGCUAAUCCCACUAACUGCAGGCAUGGCUUUCAGUGAUGUGCGUAGUGUCGUAGCGGGGCCUCCAUAAACCUAGAGCGGAGGCCUCGGAUCUGCAUGCUGUUUGGCAGGCUUGGGCUGUGUCGUUGAUAUUGUGGAGCAAGUAGAAACAGGAACUGUGUCUGUGCAUGUGAACCGUUUAUUAUGAUCAUUCAUAGAGGAGGACAAGAAUGCACUCAAGUAGCCCCACAGCCAUCCCCUCACCCUGCUACUCAUCCGGAGUAGACCAUGCUUGCCUUUAGAUGCUGAUCUCACGCCAGUGUGGCAUUUCUCUCCUAAUCACGUCGGUUAGGGUUCAAAGAUCUGCGGGUGGAUCUGGGUCUAAUGGCAACUCCCCUCCAUAGCCUCCCUCUUCACAAGGCAUGGGCCGGUAUGAGAUUCUCAUGGUAUUAAAACAGACAG